UCUACUAACCUUAACUAACGAACCAUUACUUACUAAAAUUAGAAUUUAUUAAAUGGAAGCAUUUAAUAUGUCUAAUAACCAUCUUAAAUUAAGUCAGUAGUAUAUUACAAAAGUAGAUCUCCUUCAUGGCAUUACACUUAAAACUCUGAAGUUUCUUCAGCAGUAAUUCCAAUAACUCAAACUGUUGUCCCUGUAUAAAGAAUAUAGACUUAUUAAUAACCUGUUUUAACUUAACCUAUACCUGUUUUUAUACUAGAAUAAUCUUCUUAGUAAAUUCAAGUAUAACCUCCUUAAUAAAUUCAAAUAUAAGAAAGAUUUAUAGAAAAACCUAUAUAUAUUUAAUCUGAUAAUUCUUAGUAAAUUUAAAUUCUUACUGAGAAAAUUAGAAUUCUAGAAUCAUCAAAUGAAUAAUUAAACAUUGAAAAUUAAAGAUUAAGAGGUAUUGAGCCUGAAAAAACGGUGGAAAAAUAAAUACAAUAUGUAGAAAAUAACGAAAAAUUAGUUUCUUUAUAAAAAAAAAUCUAAAUAUUAUAAUAAUAACUAAUUAAUGUAUAAAAUUAACAAUAAGAUGACUAAAAAGUAAAAAGAAAUCAAAGAAGCUAAGAUAAUUAAGAAUUACAAAGAAUUAUAUAAGAAAAUGAUUAACUUAAAUUAGAAUUAAGUAAACAUUAAGCUUAAUAAUCUUCUUUAAAUCUUUAAUUUGAUAGAUUUAAUUCUGAUAUUGAGUAAAAGAAUAACGAAAUAAAAUAACUAUUAUUAAAAAUAAAAAAUUUAAAUCAAAAACUUAACAGAAGUACUGAAAUAAAUGCCAACUCUUCAGAAUAACAAGGAAAAAUAUCACUUUUAAACCAAGAAAUUGAUAGAUUGAAAACUUAAUUAAGG